GCAAGAAAGGAUCUCCUGAAGAUCCAUGAGACAGAGUCGGGACGAGAAAAGGCAGCAGCAAAGCAACCAUUGCAGGGGCGCUGCAAAAGAAGAGCUAGAGCUAAAGGGUACAAGGAAAGGGUUUUGCGUAAGUGCAUCUCUCGAGGCGAGGGCGGCGUGAAGUGGCGGCGUCACAUUGCGCAGAGGCAAAAAGCUGUAAGCAUGGGUGGAGGCGGAAGCAAGGUCGAUGCAAUGGCGGUAGUCAACUCCUCCGUUGACUUUCGACCUCCAAUGGGGCCCCCUAGUGCUGACAACCCUUUGGUCUACUUUGACAUCAAGCUGGGGCGCUAUGGCGAUGCCAAGCCGCUGGGCCGCAUUGUGAUGGAGUUGAAGGCGGACGUUGUGCCUGAGACGGCGGAGAACUUCCUCCAGCUUUGCCAGCGGCCUGAGGGGCAGGGUUUCAAGAACUCAAGGUUUCACCGCGUUAUCCCCACCUUCAUGUGCCAAGGUGGUGACUUCACCAACGACAACGGCACUGGGGGCCGCUCCAUCUAUGGGAACAAGUUCCCUGAUGAGAACUUCAUCCUCAGGCACGUUGGACCUGGCAUCCUUUCCAUGGCAAACGCUGGCCCAAACACCAAUGGAUCGCAGUUUUUCCUCUGUGUUGCUGCUACACCUUGGUUGGACAACAAGCACGUGGUCUUUGGACAGGUCGUGGACGGUUACAACGUCGUGAAGGCAAUCGAGGCUCUCGGCAGUAGGAGCGGGGACACGUCCGAGGACAUCAUGAUUGCCGACUGCGGUGUCGUUUCCGCCACAACUGCGCGCGCGUCGUCGGCCGUCGCCCCCAGAGUGGCAGCCCCGGUUAGAUCCGCGGCCCCCACUUGGGCGAAGCAUAGCCUGAGCGGAGCAGCUUCAGCGGCAGCGGCUGACGUUGCCAGGCGGGGCAAAUGUGCGCCCGUUCGCACGCACACGAUCCAGACUGUCCGCCAAAACGCUCCGGGAACAGCUCGGUUCAUGCCGGUCGGAACGGUGGCAUCGAGGGGGACAAACAACAUGACGAGCACAGUGGUCGCCAAUGUAAGAAUGCCCAUCAGGUCAUUGACCUUCGCAGGUUGACCAUGGUGCAAGGCACAAUUUUGUCAGAUGCAAUCAGUUGUGAGGCAACCAUAGACUUAGUAAAACAGGGUUUCUAACGACCCGCGUUGAGUUGGUUAUCUGAAAUCAAUUCGUCAAUUUUGAUCGACUUGCGGCAGCGCUGAUAACACAAUAGCAUUCUCAGAUCCUCUAUGUGUUCGAUGUGUGUCUCCAAGACCUGUGUCUCCUGCCUUUCAUUGUAGCAUGUUGCC